UUGGUUUCCAGUAAAAUGAGAGUAAUUUAAAAAUGUGCACUUAUGAUGUGGGAUUUCACAUCAUUUCAUUCUACUCUGACUGAAAUCACUUUGCUGAUAUCUGAGGUUGGAAAACAUUUUGUGAGUUGGAGGUGAACUGUAGGUAGGGGUGGAUCGCUGAAGUCUUCAAUAUCAAGAUACCAAGACUCUACAUAGGCCACCAUACGGAGCAUAGUAGACAAGCAAGAUGGAAGAACUUAAAUACAGAGGAAAGAAAAGAGAGGGAAGACACAGGGAUACAUGGGAUCCAUUCCAGCUGAACCCAGUAGGAGCUGAGAAGGAAACUAAGAGAAGAUGUUUCCAACUGGCCCAAUACCUGGUGGCUGUUAUUGUGGGUUUAGCUGUCUUAACCAGUGCCGUUAUCGCUAAGGGCUCCCUCUUGGUGUUGUCAACGUUGUCCAGUCCAACCUCAAUGCGCAGCCCCAAGGAAAAACAGUUCUACAUGCUGAUGUUGGUUUUCUGCCUGGUCUGCCCCAACGUCCUGGUGUUUAUUAAAUCAUUGUGGAGGUGUGCCUUCAAGAGCUUUGUCCAGCCCAACAUGAGGACCAUGUUAUUUAUUUGUGCCAUUGAGUGUUUGGUAUCUCUUGGUACUUCAGUCCUGGUGCUAGUCGUUAUGCCUCAGUUUGAUGUGUUGACAAAUCUCUUCAUCAGCGGAGGAGUCUGUAUUGUGUCUGCCAUUAUGCAGAUAGUAUUCAGACUCCAGAGAGAAACAUGGAAAAUCUUGUUCCCAAUCUGCUCCCUCAUUCUCACAGUCGCUGGUUACUGCCUCCUGGGGGUUGACUACUAUGUUCGUGUAUCGUCAUUUGUGGAUAGUCAGAGCGCCGACUGCUUUGUCUACGUUGGUAUUGGAAUUUUCUCUUCACUCCUGAUCUCCCUCUGCUGGUGGGAAAAUCCACUGCAAGCUACUAACCGUAUGCAGGACAAGCUGUCAGAAUUGGAUGGUUUCAGGGACUUUGCAUUUGUCAUCAGCAGUAUUUUGAGGAUAAUAGUGAUAGGGGCGGUAUACCUCAUCUACCAUGCACUUAUUCAGAAAUCUAUCACCUGGUCGGACUUUAACCUAAAGAAUAAUGACUGGGAAAUACUGCAAAUAGGACUCGUGGUGUUUUUCUUACAGGCCUUCUGCUCUGCAGCCUGCCACUGGUUUGGUGUGGUGGCCUGUAAGAUUCAUGCAGUCAGGAUGAGUUUUGCGCUGCCAGUGUGUUGCACAGGACCUGCAGUGCUUCUGCUGGGACUGAUACUUUUUAUAACCCAGGCACAAAAAUUGAGUGGAGCAGACCAGGGGAGCAUCCCAGCAUUUUGUGAAAGCUUGGUCAACUUGAACAAUAAGAACACAACCCCUGUAGUUUUACUGGAAAUCACAAGGAGCAUUUGUCGAACUUCACUCAACAGCUACUACUUGCAAUGGCCUUUUUUAAUGCUGGCACUGGAGGGAGUGUGUAUGUGGUCAGGCUUCGUCACAUGUACCUACUACGUAUGGAAGAUCAAGGUCCAGCGUAUAGAGAGAACCUCUCAGCUCUUUGUUCGUCGACUCUAUGAAUCAGCUUUCAUUGACCUGUCUCUGCUACUCAACACCAAGAUGAAGGUGCCACGAGCUCGAAACCAAGAGAGCCACGACGACAUACAGAACUGCGUGAUCUAUCUUUGUGCUACCAUGUGGCAUGAAACCUAUGAUGAAAUGCUGAAGAUUCUCACCUCCAUGUUCAGGCUGGACCGCUAUCGAGGCGAUCCAAAGGAGGAACACAAGGACUGUUUUGACUUUGAGUGUCACAUUUAUGUUGACGAUGCCUUCAUGACUGAAAAGGACACAGAAAAGAGGCUGGUUAAUUCUUACGUUAAUGACUUGAUCCAUGUUGUCAUAGAGGUUUAUAGGGUGUUUACCAACAAAGAACCAGAUGAUGUGUCAAUCAUUGAGGCUCCCUACGGUGGCAGGCUGAUGUUUGUAAUGCCAGAAGGCAACAUGCUCUAUAUUCACUUAAAAGACAAAGAACGCAUCAGGAACAAAAAAAGAUGGUCCCAGAUAAUGUAUAUGUAUUAUCUACUCGGCUGGAAGGGCUACAUUGUCAAGAACCCUCAGAAGAUCUCACGCCAGCAUAACCCAUGCAGAGCCAGUUUGGUCUCUUUGGAUGGUGAGAUUUUCCUGUUGCCUCAGUAUGACAAUGACAACAAGAGAAAAUUCAUCUCAGAUGAACACACUUACAUCCUGGCUCUGGACGGAGACACUGACUUCCAACCUAAAGCUGUAAUUCUGCUCGUAGACAGGUUAAGGAUGUAUGAUAAUGUAGGUGCAGCGUGUGGUAGAAUCCAUCCUACUGGUAUGGGUCCCAUGGUAUGGUACCAGAAGUUUGAGUAUGCAGUAGGCCACUGGCUACAGAAGACAGCAGAGCAUGUGUUUGGCUCUGUGCUGUGCAGUCCAGGAUGUUUCAGUCUGUUCAGAGGUUCGGCCUUAAUGGAUGACAAUGUACUGAAGAGAUACACAACAACUGCAAACAGAGCUUCGGAGUAUGUGCAAUAUGACCAAGGGGAGGAUCGUUGGCUGUGUACUUUGUUACUGCAGCAAGGGUGGCGUGUCGAAUACAAUGCUGCAUCAGAUGCAUACACCAACUCACCACAGGAGUUCAAAGAGUUUUAUAACCAGAGAAGACGAUGGGGACCAUCUACACUGGCUAAUACACUGGACCUUCUGCACAGCGGUGCAGAGACAGUGAAGAGAAACUCGUCCAUCUCCAGGCUUUACAUCUUCUAUCAGAUGUUCACUGUUGGUUCUUCUAUCCUUGGUCCGGCCUCUGUGACACUCAUGAUAGCAGGUGCUUUCCAAUUUGUCUUCAAAAUCACUGGAACACUUUCCAUCAUCAUCGCAAGCAUUCCUCCUGUGUUCUACAUCAUCGUCUGUUUUGUAGCCAAGGCUAAUCUCCAAAUAACCAUCGCUGGCAUUAUGAGUGUUCUGUACGCGUUCCUCAUGACUGCAUCCUUCUUCUCUAUCAUCGGUGACAUGGUGAUUCAGGGCACCUUCCUGACCCCCACUGGCUUGUUUUUGGUUUCUAUGGCAAUCAUGUACAUGGUGACAGCUAUACUACAUCCAGAGGAGUUUGGGAUGAUUAUCUAUGGUCUGAUGUACUUCAUCUGUAUCCCCAGUGGAUACCUCCUACUGACCAUCUACUCACUGGUUAACAUGCACAUUGUAUCCUGGGGCACGAGGGAAUCAAACAAGGGAGACGGAGUAGUGAAGAAAAACCACAAUCUUCUGUGUGACAGAAACUGUAGAUUGUGCUGCUGGGACAUGAAGAUACAGAUAACGCAGGAAACAGAGAACUUGAUGAUUCGACAGAUCACAGGCCAGACUGCAGAGCAAGCCCCUCCUCUACCAAUUACCAACCAGGAAAUAACUCAACAGGCAGCUGCGAAGCCAGAGCCUCAAGUUGAAGUCAAAACAACCAAGGAAGCUGUGGAAGAUGCUAAGAAAUCGCCAACUGACAAACUGAACGGGAAGGCAGCAAAAGGCAAUGGUGAUGCUUCCAGUGGCAGUGAUGACAGCAUUGAAAAAAAGAGCCUAUCAGAGAGUGCAUCUGAUGAAAGUGAUGAGGAGUAUGACAAAGACUUUAUGACUGCCGACCUAGAGAAAACAGAGAAGCGUCCUGUCAGUGACUGGGUGGUCCCGGUGAAAGAAGAGUUUUUAAAGAAGCUGACUUAUGCCAACAUGAAGAGAAAUCUACAAGAACAAAUACGAUACACACUCCGUAACAAAGAUCAGGAUGAUGUGUGUGAGGAGUUGGUCUUAAUGUUAACAGACACUCUUAGUGGAGAGCUAAGUGGAGUGGGGCCUGAAGAUGUUCUGUCAGACAACCAGCUUGAGGAGUUAAGAUAUGCACUGUCAGAGCAGGCUCGGCGUAUCCUUAAGACCAGUCGAAUGGAGAGAUUAGAGAAGAGAGUAAGGAGAGCCAUCGAGAAAACACUCACCGCCCCGCAAGUUCAAAAUCUAGAUGAGGGUGAACACGACUUCUGGAACAAGUUAAUCGAGCGCUACUUGACGCCUAUCAAGGACAAUAAAGCACAUCUGGAGGAAGUCACCAGAGAACUAAAGUCACUGCGCAACAAGGCAGUAUUCCUGUAUUUCAUCGUCAACGUGCUGUGGGUGGUGGCUACCUUCUUCCUGCAGGCCAUUGGAAAUGAUGUAAUCAGCAUCAAGAUCCCUAAAUACUUUCCAAAUGGUACUUUAUCUGACGAACCCCUCAAGGUGGAGCCUGUCAGUUUGAUGUUCCUGUUGUCUUUUGCAAUUCUUCUCAUUAUCCAGUUUCUGGCCAUGUUAUAUCACAGGAUCUACACUCUGAUCCAUGUGGUGUCCUAUCGCAGCACAGAGAAAGACUACAAACAGAAAGAUGAUGAUGAUGAUGAUGAUGAUGAUGGCUUGACUCUGGAGAACCACAUUGCCAAUGGACUUGUCAUUACCAGUGAUGACCUGUAGUCAGAAACAACCAACUGUAAUCAGUGAAACCCAACAACCAGCACACAUUGGCAUCACCAGUGACAACCAGCCGGGUCUCUUACCACUUAAGGGCUUUCACUGUGUACUAAAUAUGGCAUUUUGAUUAUCAAACGGCAUAGAGGGUAGGUGAUCAGACAGGCCAUGUCUUAAUCUUGAUGUUUGAGGAAAUAAUCUAGUCUUGUCUCUGCAGCAUCUGUUUUGCCUCCUACUAGGGUGAUUUGAGUACAAUCCAGCUAAGGAGGCAAAAAGGCACAAGGGAAAUCAAUUAUAACAGAUCCAAUAAGCUUUGUUUUACAAUAUGAAAUGAGAUUUUCACACAAUGGGAUCUGGGGUCGGAAUCUUUUUAAUGAUGAAAUGUUUUAUUUGAAUGUAUUUGUUCUGAAAACUUGUAUUUAUUCUAUUUUAAGUAUGGUUGAAUGCAUCGGGUCCAUCAGACUAAUUGAAUGUCCUUGUUUGACUCGAGGGUCUAAAGAUAUAGGGUGUUGUAUAGACUACACAUCCCAUUCUACAAUAAUUUAGGAGGGUUGAAAACCAAACACAUUUUUUCUUGUAAAAUUCCUUGUAGAAGAUACACUUCACAGUAAUAUCAGGAAGUUUACAGAAAAAUAAGUGUAAUCUAGUGAUUGUUCUUUUUGUGUGUCUGCAUCAAAAUCAUUUUUCUGAAUCACAAUAAUGGGCUGAAUGUAGAUGUAAGCAAAUAAGUGUAUAUCUGAGCUCUAUGUCAAUUCAGGUUAAAAAUCAAAUACUUGAACGUUGCUCCCAGGAAACUGCCAGUCCUCCAAAGGUUAUGAAAUGCGACAUUUGCACAUGAAAUAUAGUGAAGAAUACUUUUAACAUUUUAUUGGUAAACCUCAUGUGUUAUACUCUGAAUAGUUUCUGGUGUAAUUUAAAUGAAUGUGUUGCAUUUUUAAUACUGUACGAAUAUGGCAUCAGCGUAAUUAUUUAAACCAAUUGUAACAAUUGACUUUACAAAGGAAUAGAAUUUUCUGAACUGUAAAAAAAAAAAAA